GUGCUGGAGGAAAUGCAGCUGGAGUUGCCUUGCAGCCAUGAAUUACAUGCCGGGGACAGCAAGUCUGAUUGAGGCCAUUGACAAGAAACACCUCGUCCUUCUUCGUGAUGGGCGGACUUUAAUUGGAUAUUUGCGAAGCAUUGAUCAGUUUGCCAAUCUGGUGCUCCAGCAGACCCUGGAACGCAUUCACGUGGGCCGCAAGUAUGGCGAUAUCCCACGGGGAAUAUUCGUCGUGCGUGGGGAGAACGUGGUGCUGCUGGGAGAGAUUGACCUGGAGAAAGAGAGUGCCUCCUCACUGCAGCCCGUGAGCAUCGAGAAGAUCUUGGAGGAGCUGCGGCAGGAGCAGGAUUUGCAGCACCGUCAGGAGAAGCUCAAGUUCCAAGUUUUGAAGGAGCGCGGGAUCCUGCUCCCUCACUUGGACACGCUGGACGACUAUUGAUGGUGUUUGUUGGGGGGAGGGGGAGCCACUUGGAUUCCGGGCCUUGAGUUGAGGAUGGAGCUUUCCCUUGAGCUGGAGGGAGUCAGGACAGUGACCUCCCUUUUCCCCUCACCCCCAUCUCCUCGCCCAUGCACCAUCACUGGCCAUCCCCAUUAGCUGGAUUGGUGCACCACACCCACCCCAUUCCCAAGUGAAAAUCUCUUCAGUUUUUUUUCUUCCCCCCUCCACCCCACGUCAAAACAUGGGCUGGGAGCCCCGGCGUCGGAGGGAGGGGUUUGCCCUGCUCAGGUGGAGGUGGGCACAAGCCAAGAGGGGGCACUGGAAGCCUGUUGGAGGGACAGCAAGCAGUCUUCACUCAAGCACACCAGGAUUUAGUCUGCCUGGCACUGUUUCAGGAAUGGGGCAUGGCUCCCAUUCCGUAUCAUCUUCGAGUGGGGCGUGGGUUGGGAUGGAGCGGGAAUUCUUUGAACCUUGAUGCUCCCCAAAUCCAGAUAUUGCCCCUUCUUUUUUUUUUGGGGGUGUUGCAGAUGUUAAGGGGGUCUCUGAGUUGGCUGGGUUUGUUCCCCCUGGUUACCUGUGGAAUGUUGUGCCAACUCAUGUGAGUGCAGUGUGCCCCGGGAAUGUCAUCCGGAGUGUGUUUGGGGAGGGUGGGGGUGGAGAUUGGGGUGUUUUCCUGGAGACGCUGGGUCUGAAUCUCCCCCAUGAAGGGAGAUCACAACACCCAGGCAGUCCACGGAGACCUCACCCACCCCCGCACCCUUCGCAUCUUCACCUCUCUCGAGAAGAUGCUCAGUGUGCUGGGGGUUUUUCUUUUUGGUUUUGGUUGAGACAUGUCCAUUUUGUGUUUUUUGAAGUGGACCGAGUGAUUUUUGCCAGUCCCAGUAUUGGCUCUCCAAUGCCCAGACAGGAGUCAAACUGGUCUUUGUGAUGGCGUUAACCUCUCGAGCCUCGGGGAGACUCUGAGGCGUGUUGGUAAUCUUGUUUAUAACUUUAUUUCGUUUUGCGAGAGAGAGAGAGAGAGAGAGAGAGACUCCCUCUACCUGUAACCCCUGGCCCCUCAGGAGUUUGAGUUCCGAUCGUUUGUACCAUCCGGUCUUGAUCCCUUCCCACUGUAAGCCAUCAAUAAACCAUUCCU